UGAUAGACACACAACAAAGCCACCACUUGCUUAGUCUCGUCUCGCCGGAACUCUAGCCACCGAACAUGUAUGACCCUGGCGGCAGCUCGUCGUCCCGGCCGCGCGGCAAGGAGGAGCUGCAGCCGGAGGUUGUUCUCUACACGGCGACGGCGUCAGCGUCCCGCCGCAGAGGGCGCACGUCCGCCGACCGCUACGCCUUGUGCGCCCUGCUGCGUGGCUACGGCCUGGCCGUGGAUGUGCGCGACGUGUCGAGGAGCAAAGCACACCGCUGCGAGCUCAAGUCGUUGCUUGCAGCUCGGGGCUGCGCCUUCUCGCUCCCGCAGCUCCUCGUGGGCGGCCGGCUUGUCGGCGGCCCUGACGAUGUUAGGCAGCUGCACCAGGACGGCGGGCUGCGGCCUCUCCUCGACGGCGCCCCAAGGCCAUACGCCGUCUUCGUCUGCCAAGCCUGUAAGAGGGUCGGCUCCGAACCCUGUGAAGACUGCAGCGACUCCCGCAACAAGAUGCUGGAUCAUGUCAUUCUUGAGAAGGAGGAUGAGCAGGAGAGGGUUGUCCUGUUUUAUCCAACACAAGAUGUUCCAAUGGGAGGUAGAGGCAGAGAGGUGGAUACCAGUUUCAGUGUUUCUCUGGGCGCCAUGAGACCCCUUCUUAAGAAGCUUGACAUGAUGCUAGGUCCUCAUGGAUGCAAGCUGACCAAGGGGGUCAAUGAUAGGUCGCAACUCCUCCAAGAUGAUCUUGAAGAAAUAGCCGCAUACCUUGAAGAUCUGUUAGAGGUGGAGGACCCUCCCCUGGCAGCCAAGUGCUGGAUGAAAGAGGCACAUGAGUUAUCUUAUGACAUCCUAGAUUGUAUUGACAACUUUGUGCCCCCUAAUCAGUCUCUUGGCUACAAAUCUGACCACAAGAUAACUCAUGUUAAGAUUCCAAAGAGGCUCAAGUGGAAGAAACAGAUUGAAUAUGCAGCUCUUGAUGUGUCAGGACAUGUUAUCUACAAAACCAUCUGUGUUGAUGUAAUUUGUGCUCCCAGGAAGCUCAAGUGGUACCAGCAGAUCAUUGAAAAGGUAUCAGAAUUCAGGAUUUAUGCCCAGGAGGUGGUUCAACGGUAUGACAGAUACCAGGUCCACUACUGUAGCACCUCGGUGGCAAGUAGAUUUUCGGGCAUUGGGCCUAUGAUGCCAAUGCCGCCACCGCCUUGUGAGAAAACUUGUUCCAGCCUAGUAAUUGAUGGUCAGAUGAGCAAGUUUAUCAACUCCCAGCUGGCUAAUGAUGAGAAUCAGCAGCUCGGGGUGGUGUCUAUUCACGGAUAUGGAUGUCUUGGUAAAACAAUGCUUGCCAAAGUGUUGUAUAAUAAAUUGGGGAGGCAAUUCCAUUGUCGGGCUUUCAUCCGGGUGUCCAAAAAGCCUGAUAUGAAAAGGCUUUUCCGCGACAUGCUCUCACAAAUCCAGCAGAAGCAUCCCCAAGCAAGCGAAGACGCUUCUGAUGAACUUCACAUUACUGCUGAAAAUAUCAGGAAUUAUCUACAUGCCAAGAGGUACCUAAUUGUUGUUGAUGAUUUAUGGGAUACAGCAGCAUGGGAUGUUAUUAAUCAGCUUUUCCCGAAGUGUAGUCAAGGAAGCAGAAUAAUAACAACUACACAGAUUGAAGAUGUUGCAUUAGCAUGUUGCAGCGUUGACCCAGAACAAGUUUUUAAGAUGAAUCCUUUGGAUGAUGAUCACUCAAGGAAGCUAUUCUUUGACAGGCUUUUUGGUUCUGAAAGUAACUGUCCUGAAGAAUUGAAACAAGUUUCAAGCCAAAUUAUAGAAAUAUGUGGUGGUUUGCCGCUAGCCACCGUCAGCAUUGCUAGUCUUUUAGCAAACCAGCCUUCUGUAUCAGUAGAUUUAUUAACACACAUACAUGAUUCAUUAGUGUCUUGUUUGUCAUCAAAUUCAACUUCAGAAAGAACGAGACAAGUACUGCACCUCAGCUACAACAGCCUUUCUCAUUACCUCAAGACAUGCUUGCUCCAGCUCCGUAUGUAUCCAGAGGGCUCCUUAAUCUUCAAACAUGAUCUGGUCAGGCAAUGGGUGGGUGAAGGUAUUAUUGCUACAAGAGAAGGGCAAGACACAGAGGAAGUCGCAGGAAUGUAUUUCGAUGAACUUGUUGAUAGAAGAUUCAUCCAACCUAUGUCUAUCAACUUCAACAAUGAGGUGAUGUCAUGCACAGUCCACGACGUGGUACAUGAUCUUAUUGCACACAAGUCUGCAGAAGAGAAUUUCAUUGUGGUACUAGAUCACAAUCGAAAGAUUUUGGCACUUUCUCAUAAGGUCCAUCGACUGUCUCUCCAACUUGGUGAUGCAAAAUAUGCCAAGAUACCAGCAAACAUCAGAAAGUCACAAGUACGUUCACUUGGAGUUUUUGGAUUAUCAGAGUGCAUGCCUUGCAUUGGAGAGUUCAAGCUUGUUCGUGUUCUGAACAUUCAUCUGUCUGGCCAUCAUAAUGGCGACCAAGAACUGGCUGUGGACCUCACUAGGAUAUCCGGACUAUUCCAUCUUAUAUAUCUGAAGAUUGUAUGUGAUGUCUGCAUAAGACUUCCAAACCGUAUGAGAGGGCUGCAGUGUUUGGAAACACUGGAUGUUAUGGAUACACCAAGUGGCACUUAUGUUCCAUGGGACAUUAUAUAUCUCACGCGCUUGUUGCACCUUAGUCUUCCUCCUCACACAAAUCUGCUGGAUUGGUCUUUCGGUGAUGAUCUAAGCCUUUGCAGGCCGAACCACCUGCAGGAUCUUUGCAUUUCUACACCGCCUUCUUCAGAUUACGACCAUCUGAAGAGAAGAAUGUAUGCUCUGGAUUAUUUAAUGUAUGGACAUGACAGCCUGAAAACUGUAAAACUGGUGGCUCACGGAUCCUCGGUUAGCUAUGGUGACACAUCAAAAGCAAGAGUUAGGUGGGUUUUGGAUAAACUUACCCACCAUGUCCAGAGAAUUGAGGUCUCACCGCACAUCCCCGUCAUAUUUUGCAAAAUGCAUUUGUGGGAUAUCCAACAUGGCAACCUGUGCAUUCUGAAGAUUGCAGUGGAUGGACUAUCAGUAAAUGAUGUUGAUAUUCUUAGCGGGUUGCCUGCCCUCACUGCUAUGUCAUUGUAUGUGCAGAAGUCACCUAAUAUUAAGAUAAUAUUUUGCAUGGGGGCUGGAUUCACAGCUCUCAAGUACUUGAAGCUGAGGUUCAUGAGUGGAAUAGCUUGGCUAAAAUUUGAGGCGGACGCAAUGCCUAAUCUCUGGAAGCUCAGGCUCGUUUUCGACGCCAUCCCCCAAAUGGACCAACGACUUGAUCUUUAUUCAGAGGGUGACCAGUGGACACAAUAUCGACAUGGUAAUGCAUUAAUCAACAUCGAGUAUAUGGCACGCCUUAGAGAGGUCUCCGCAAAAUUUGAGGGCGCAGCUGCCUAUCUGAAGUAUGUGUCGAGGAUAGGGAUAGUUAGCAAUCAUCCGAGCAAUGCUAUAAUCAACGUGCAACUAGUGGAUUCUGGUUCCCAUGGCGAUAAAAGGAUAUCAUCAACGUCACCGGAGUCCACUUCCUGCCCGCUGCAUGUUCCAGGAGCGGGAGCUGGUGGACAUGGAGCAAUAUCAUUGGUGCGAUAGGUCGUGACCUCUUCAUCUAUUGCCUCCACCGGCUGUCCAGGUGGGACUAUGGUGCCAUCGCCUCCCUGAACCAUGAUUUCAAUUCGGUGGUUCGCAACGGGGACAUCUACCGUCUACGUCGCAAAAAUGGGGUGGCGGAACACUGGCUCUACCUCCCUUGCCGUAAUCUCCACGAGUGGGAGGCUUAUGACCCGUCCACUGGGCGCUGGAUCCAUGUGCCCAAGA